UAAACGAACGCAAGGUUGGCACAAAAUACGUGGCUUUCGCUCGGCAAUAUCGCGCAAAUUCAAAAAGUGAUGUUCUUCUUCAGAUAGCCGUUAGUUUAAAUAAAUACACUACAAACAUGUUGACAUUUCUGCUGCAAGUGUCCUAUUAUCUGCUUGCAUUUAUCUUUACUGCUGCACUGUUGACUGUGGCUAUAUUGUUAUACAAAACAAAGCCUUACCCAAAUAUAACACGGCACAAGGAUGAGAAAUUCUACCUUGAUCCCAAAAGCAUUAAAACUGUUGAAUUUCCCAGUUUAGACGACUCACCUACCUUGGAGCUAAGUGUCAUUGUGCCGGCAUAUAAUGAGGAAAAACGAUUGCCUGCCAUGCUCGAUGAGUGCAUGGCUUUUCUGGAGGAGAAAUCAUCGAAACAAUCGGAUUUUACCUACGAGGUGAUUAUUGUCAGCGAUGGCAGCAGCGAUGCAACUGUUGGCGUGGCGCUCAAAUACUCCAAGAAAUACAGUGCGGAGAAGUUUCGUGUGCUGGAGCUGGUCGAGAAUCGGGGCAAGGGCGGCGCAGUGCGUUUGGGCAUAUUGAGCGCACGUGGUCGCCAGUUGCUCUUUGCGGACGCCGAUGGUGCCACGAAGUUUGCAGAUUAUGAUAAACUAGCCGAGGCGUUAUCUAGCUUGGCGCCCGAGUGGCGUCAAGAUGGCAUUGCCAUUGGCUCCCGCGCCCAUCUGGAGGAUGAGUCGAUUGCCACACGCAGUUUCCUGCGCACCAUACUGAUGCAUGGCUUCCAUACGCUCGUCUACAUUUUUGCCGUGCGCACGGUAAGGGACACUCAAUGCGGAUUCAAGUUAUUCACGCGUGCCACGGCGCGAAAACUGUUUAAUAGCUUGCACGUCCAACGUUGGGCCUUCGAUGUAGAGCUGCUGUAUCUGGCAGAACGCCUAAAGCUUCCCAUGUCCGAGGUGGCCGUGCGGUGGACUGAGAUUGAUGGAUCGAAGCUAUCACCAUUCUGGUCGUGGCUGCAAAUGGGCAUUGAUUUGUUCAUGAUUUGGCUACGUUAUAUGGUUGGUGCUUGGCGCAUUGCUGCUAACCAGAAAAAGGAGAAUUGAAAAAUGUUUGGCCUUAAAGUUUAGAAUUCGCAUUUAAUUUCCUAACUAUUUAUGUUUCUCAAUAACAAAAAUAAUUAUACAUACGUCAUAGUAUUCAAAA